AUGGAGCCACACCGCCUCGAUAGUCAAUUCAAGUUUCUGAAGCUUUCAGAGCCAAGACCCGGCGUAGUCGUUGUCCAACUGGAUCGACCAAGGAAAAGGAACGCAAUCAACACAGAGGGCUGGCAAGAGAUUGGUGAUGUUUUCACGAGCGUUGCGCAAGAUGGGGCAUGUCGAUGCAUCGUACUUUCUGGAAUUGGAAAGGAUUUUUCUGCGGGAAUUGAUAUUACAGAUCCAGGUUUCUUUUCCUUCAACGAUAGCGAUGCGGACGUAGCUAGAAGAGGCCUCUCGUUUCUGCCAAAGGUGAAACAGAUGCAAGACUGUUUCACAGCCGUCGAGAAAUGUCCCGUGCCAGUGAUUGCUGCCAUACAUGGAAAUUGCAUUGGUGCUGGUGUUGAUAUAGCUUGUUGUUGCGACGUUAGACUUGCAGCUCCGGAGACAACUUUUUCAGUGCGGGAGGUGAAAAUUGGCCUGGCGGCAGACAUUGGAACUCUUCAAAGACUUCCCAAGAUUACAGGCAAUGACUCUCGGGUCCGAGAACUUUGUUACACUGGAGAGUUCUUCAGCUCUCAAGAGGCUCUUUCCAUUGGAUUUAUCAGUCGAAUUUGCCCCAAUCCAUUGGCUGGUGCCAUUGAACUUGCCACCAAAAUCGCAGCAAGUUCGCCUGUGGCUGUGCACGGUACGAAGAAGUCCUUGAUGUAUUCUCGUGACCAUAGCGUGGCGGAAGGACUCGAGCAUGUAGCUAUGCAUAAUUCACUAGCACUGAUGACAGAUGAUGUUCCGGAGGCCCAUGCAGCUUCUGCAAACAAAGAAAAUCCUUCAUUUUCAAACAUGCUGCCUUUCUCCAAGCUGUGA